AAAUCCACAUUUCAAAGCCACUGGACCCUCGUUUAAUUAGCCAAGAUUAGCAAAGCUGUACCAUGUCGGAUCCUGAACGACAACACAACGGUGCACCACAUCGACAUGUCUUGUACUUGGAUGCUGCAACAAAUAACAGAGCACAAACUGCAUUCUCAUUCUUCAUCACAUCGGUCCAGCUUCAUGGCUUACCGUCAAGGGUUAGGGCAGAUCAGGGAGUAGAAAACCUGGAUAUUGCACAUUUCAUGUUUGCCACACGAGGAACAGGAAGAUCGAGCUUCAUCUCUGGAAAAAGUACCAUGACAUUCUUCACUCUCUGGAAGAGGAUGGUCUACUUGACAUAUCUGAUGCCACUCUUCUCUUUGGUGUGCACUACGUCUUUGUCCCUCGACUCCGGGCAGAUCUUGAUACCUUUAUUGAAGGAUGGAAUAAUCAUUCUCUGUGGACAGAGUGAGGUCUCACCCCUGAACAGCUGUGGUUCAUGGGACGUCUACAAGAUCUGGACGAGGGGGAGAGACUCAAGGACCUUCAGGACCCAGGCAUUGACUGGCAGAGUGCUGUGCUGCAGGAAGACUCUCAUGGCACAGUUGUGGUUCCUGAAUUUGAGUGCCCACUGGAUGAUGAAGCCCUGGAAGAACUUCAGAGAACUAUCAACCCUCUGGAGCACUCAGAGUCACAUGGUCGUCACUUAUACAUCAGGUUCUUGCAACAGGUGUCCAACCAAUAGACAUUUGGACAAGAACUUGAAAGUCAACAAAUAUUCCAGCACAGUGACAAAAAUGAUUGAAGCUUUUCUAACUAAUAAAAGCAAGAGAACCCUGUAUAAAAGGGAAUGUGUAUGACUGAAGAGAAAGUCAAACACUGAGCUAACAGGAACAAUUGUUUUGCUUUUUUCAUUAGCUAUGAACAUAUUCUAUCAGUUAAUGUUUAGAAAUAGCUUCUCAUUUUUUGUUUCAGAUUACCAGAGGGCUGUUUCUGUUAAACUCUGUGGAAGCCACCACCAUAUCUAACUGCUUCACUCAUAAGUCUUCUGAAUUCAGUGUAAGUGUUGAGAUGCUGCACUGGAAAAGUUACUGUACGAGUGCAUGCACUCACAGUUUGGUAACAAAUGGAGUGAUCUCCAAGUGGCUCCCUGCAGUCGUGGUCAAACAUGAAUAUUAUUUUGAAAUGUCUCUUUUCAUCAGGGAGGAUGGGAAUGUGGGCUUUCCUGGUCAACCACUGGAGCACAUGCUGAACUCCAAG